UUAAUUGUGCCAACUGUGCCGAGCAGCUAGCGCCCCCCAAAAGACACAACAGACAUUCUAUAGCCAUGAACACAUUCGCUACUUUGGCGGUUCUCUUCUGCGCCUGCCUCAUCGGCAACUGCCACGGAGGCUAUGGCGGUGGCGGCCAUGGAGGCUACGGCCAACAAGGAGGGUACGGACAGAGCUCCAAUGGAGGUGCCGCUUCGGCUGCCAGCUCUGCUGCUGCCGCAGGCAAUCAGCAGCAGCGUCCCGUUGAAAUCAUUGCUGGUGGUUCCCGCGGCGGCUAUGGCGCUGAGAUCCUUCGCCCCAUUUCCCUGGGCUAUGGCGGUCACUCGCAGCGUGGACCUCAGCACGGCAGCUACGGACGUCGCGGCGGAUAUGGACCCCGCUGGACUGUCCAGCCAGCUGGCGCCACUCUCCUGUAUCCCGGCCAGAACAACUACCGGGCCUAUGUCUCGCCCCCGGAGUACAGCAAGGUGGUGCUGCCCGUCCGUCCCGCUGAGCCCGUGGCCAAGCUGUUCAUCCCGGAGAACCACUACGGCCAGCAGAGCUACGCCCCCCAGCAGAGCUACGGACCCCAGCAAAGCUACGGCCCCCAGCAAAGCUACAACGUCGAAGGACCACGAUACUAGACGGUUGGAUACUCCUCCUCCCCAAUCCCCUUCUCAGUGUGGAUUCGCUCCCGUGCAGCGCGAAUAAAAAAUACCAAAAGAAAACAUAA